AUGCCCAUGCUUCAAGAUCCUUCGAUAAAAUACAAGCGAUUUCCUCCUAUUCAAUUGCCUGAUAGACAAUGGCCAUCCAAAACUAUCGAUAAGCCUCCGAGAUGGCUCAGCACAGAUUUACGAGAUGGCAACCAAAGUCUAGUCGACCCUAUGGAUGGUGAACAAAAGUGGAAGUACUUCAAGAUGUUGGUGGAGCUUGGUUACAAGGAGGUUGAAGUUUCAUUCCCAUCUGCUUCGCAAACAGACUUCGAUUUCACCAGACGCCUUGUCGAAACUCCUGGCGCCGUACCGGAUGAUGUCUGGCUCCAAGUCCUCUCACCAUGUCGUGAGGAGUUCAUGAAGCGAACUGUUGACUCCCUUAAGGGUGCUAAGAAGGCCAUUUUACAUAUUUAUCUUGCUACCAGCGAGUGCUUCCAGAGGAUUGUGUUCGGCUUGAACGAGGAAGAGGGUUUGGCAUUGGCAGUUAGGUGUGCGAAAUAUGCUCGGUCUAUUACGAAGGACGAUCCCGAACACGCUGGUACAGAAUGGGCUUUCGAGUUUAGUCCAGAAACCUUUUCGGAUAGCAGACCGGAAUAUGUGAUCCAGGUGUGCGAGGCAGUCAAGGAGGCUUGGGGCCCUACCGAAGAGAACCCAAUCAUUUUCAACCUCCCUGCUACAGUCGAAAUGUCAACUCCCAAUGUGUAUGCGGACCAGAUCGAAUACUUCUGCAGAAAUAUUACGGAGAGAGAAAAGAUCUGCGUCAGCCUACAUCCACACAAUGAUCGGGGAUGUGCUGUUGCAGCCGCAGAAUUGGCACAGAUGGCUGGUGCUGACAGAGUUGAGGGAUGUUUAUUCGGAAAUGGAGAGCGAACAGGAAAUGUGGAUUUGGUUACUUUGGCUCUGAAUCUCUACACUCAAGGCAUCAAUCCUAAGAUUGAUUUCUCGGACCUCGAACGGGUUAUUGAUGUUGUUGAAAUCAGCAACAAGAUUCCGAUUCACCCAAGAGCACCUUACGGUGGCUCCUUGGUCGUCUGUGCAUUCAGUGGUUCUCACCAGGAUGCAAUCAAAAAGGGGUUCCAACUUCGGAGGAAGGGAGAUCACGGAGACGAGAAUCGCUGGGAAGUGCCAUAUCUUCCUCUCGAUCCUCAAGAUAUCGGCCGUACUUACGAGGCUGUAAUUCGUGUGAAUUCGCAAAGUGGUAAGGGUGGAGCUGCUUGGAUUAUUUUACGAAAUCUCGAGCUUGAUCUUCCAAGAGGGUUACAAGUUGCUUUCAGCAAAGUGGUUCAGAAGCGUGCCGAUGAACUUAGCCGCGAACUCCUUUCACGCGAGAUUCAGGAUUUAUUUGAGCAGACCUAUUACCUCAAACAUAAUCCACGAUUCAUCCUUGUCGAUUACUCUAUUAGUACUGAUAGGAGUGCCUCGCCUGUACCACCCGCCCCAGGCAAGACGCAAGACACGACGAAUUUGAAUCGUAGAUUCGAAGGUGUCAUUUCGGUCGACGGAAAAGAACAUGAAUUGAAGGGACUAGGAAACGGACCAAUCUCUAGUUUGGCAAAUGCUUUGAAAGGUUUAGGGAUUGACCUUGAGGUGGCAGAUUAUAAGGAGCAUGCAGUUGGCGCAGGAACCAAUGUUAAGGCUGCAUCUUAUAUCGAAUGUACAACUACAGGUUCUAAUCAGAAGGUGUGGGGUGUUGGAGUCCACGAGGAUGUGGUUCAAUCUUCCUUGAUUGCACUCUUGAGUGCAGCUUCAAACGUAAGUCUUCUAUUCUUGUUAUCUCCACUAUUGAUUGUGUUUAACAUGACUACAGUUCAUGAUUACUCUUCAAGGGUAAGCAUGGCGUUAGUACCAAGCCGUGACCUCGAUCUUGAUAACUCAGCUAAGGAAAAUGGUGGUCUUGCAACUCCCAAGCCUACUACAGCAUCAAAGAAUGGAACAGAUGCAGUGAGUGUUUUGGAGACAAAAGUUAACGGGGCAUAA